UCUCUCUCUCUCUCUCUCUCUCUCUCUCUCUCUUUUCGAGUACUUUUAUGCAGCAGCUCCUCCCGCACCAUCCCUCUCCCUCCCUCUCCCUCUCUCGCCCUCUCUCUCUCAAACUCUAUCUUCCAAUAGGUAAAAGAUUUUUCUCUCGCUCUAACUGUAGAAUCCAACUUUUCUUCUUCAGCUUUCUCUUUUGAGAUUUGGGGUUCACUCCUUUUAAUAAUUAUCAACCCCAGAUCGCUUGCUGCUUAGCUUGCAACUUCCAGCAUGAAUGAUCCCUACUAUAGUAUGUACAAGCGAUGGUUCAACUACAACUCUCUUGUCUAUCAACACCAAUAUCCUUCAGCUUACUCUCACAUCUCAUCAUCCUAUUAUCAAAAUUGUCCUUAUCAUCAUACCGUGACUGGUGCUGAACCGCCAGGCUCCCCACCUCUAAGAGAAGCACUCCCCUUGUUGAGCUUGAGUCCCAGAAGGGAUGACGAGAAAAGCCAGGAGGAGGCUGAUUCUACUGCUGAGGUCCAUCAGAAGAACAAGAGAGAGAACUGCUGUGGAGAUGGUGAUGGUGGUGAUGAUGGUCUGACGGUGGCCUUGCACAUCGGGUUGCCUAACUGUGGGACAGCAGACCUGCUGCAGCAGCUUUCUGCACAGGCAUCCUGCUCCUCUUCCUGGUUCUCUUCCUGCCCGGAGGAAGUGGACAAGGCGGAUGAUGCUGGGGUGUGCCCUACAGGCAAACUCAACAAAGGUCAGUACUGGAUCCCCACUCCUUCCCAGAUCCUGAUUGGCCCGACUCAGUUCGCCUGCCCUGUUUGCUCUAAGACCUUCAACCGAUACAACAACAUGCAGAUGCAUAUGUGGGGGCAUGGCUCGCAGUACAGGAAAGGUCCAGAGUCUCUUAGGGGAACCCAACCGACGGCAAUGCUGAGGCUACCUUGUUAUUGCUGCUCACCUGGAUGUAAGAAUAAUAUAGACCACCCAAGGGCAAAGCCGCUUAAGGAUUUCAGAACCCUACAGACUCAUUACAAGAGAAAACAUGGAAUCAAACCCUUCGUGUGCAGGAAAUGUAGCAAGGCUUUUGCUGUUAGAGGUGAUUGGAGAACACAUGAGAAGAACUGUGGGAAGCUAUGGUACUGUACUUGCGGCUCUGAUUUCAAACACAAGAGGUCCCUCAAGGAUCACAUAAAAGCUUUUGGUAAUGGGCAUGCUGCAUACGGCAGCGACUGCAUCGAGGAGGAAGAGGACCCUGCCUCCGAAAUUGAGCAAGAUGAUGAAGCUCAGUAAAAUUUGCAGCAAGCGCGCACAGGGAAAGCUAGAAUCGGGUUGGGAAAAGGCUUGUAUUUAUUAGCUUUCCUACAAUUAAACUUGAUUUCAGUACUGCUUCGACUUCUCUAGUUAAACCAUUUGCUCCAACACUUCCUUCUAUUUCUUUCCAUGCCCUUGUUUAUUUUGCUGUACACACACGCACGUAUAUGAACGUGAAUAAUAAUGUUAGUUUCACUUUGUAA